AUGAGUGAUCAGAGGAUGCUUUAUGAACCCGGUACUUUAGUUUGGAUGAAAGUGUUCAAUCGUGUAUGGUGGCCAGGAAAAGUUGUUGAUCCCAUGACUGCACCAAAAGAACUGCAAUAUUCUCCUAAUAGUAAGAAGAGUAUUAUUGCUAUGGUGCAUUUUGAAAGGGAUGAUGUAUAGUAAGUUUAAAUUAGAAUAAAAUUGUAUUUUUAAUAUUUAUAUGGGCAUUAUAACAUUUGGAUAAUAUAACAUUAGCCAUUACAUUACCUAAGGCCUUUUGAAUGAUGUCAAUAAACAUAUAAAACUAAAUUAAUAGUUCAGUAGAUUAGAUCUAUGAAAUACAUGGUUUUAUAACCUAUUGUAUUUUGUAUUUAUUAUUUUAAGUUGCAUUUCCAUGUAUUUCAAAUUUCAUAACAUGUUAAAUUUUUAUCAUAAAAUCAGUAUAAUAAUAAUCAAAUAUUUGUAUGCUACUAUAUACUUAGGUUAAUAGUGCCUAUACAUGGUGUCCCACAAAGAUAUUACCUGUUGUAAUAUUUCCAGAUAUAAUAAAUAUAAUCAAAUUCUGUAUUUUUUAAUUACUCAUUGGGAUAUAGACUAUAAAUAUUUAUACUGCAAUUCAUUUUUUAUGUUAUGGUAAAAAAACUAAAAAAAAUAACUUUAUUUUAUUAUUUUUGAUCAAUUUGAGUAUAGCCAUUUUAUAGAGAUUAUUCUAAAUGAUUAUUAUUAUUACAACUAAUUGACUGUACACUUCUUUUCUCUGAACUUUUAAAAAAUAUUAAAAAUCAAAAUUUUCAAAAGAAAUAAAUUAUAUUAAUUUCUAUUUUCAAAUUAUCCAAAAAUAAUAAAAUAAAUUUUUUUUAGUUAUCUUUAUUAUCUCUGGAGAUACUACAAUUGGUAUAACCUGUAUAGAAGACAUAUAAAAAUGUUUGUUGUUAUUUAAAAUCACUCCUGGUGUAUUGGGUAAUGCUAAAAUUAUGUGGUUACAAAUAAAUAUUUAAACACUAUCCAAAAUUAAUGGCUAAUGAUCAUUCAAAUGUUGACAUUACUUUAAAAAUAUCCAUAUAAGUAAUUAUGUUUUAUUGUAUUAAUAGUGAUGUUGUUAUUAACUCAGACAAGGUGGCCUUAUAUUCUUGUUCAAAAAAGAUGGAGUUUUUGGAAAAAGGAUACUGUAAGUAUUUUAAUGUCAACGAUGUACUGAUGAUGUUACUAUUGAUUUAAAUGAAUUGUAUUUGUUACAGCAUUGUACUUAAAACAAAAACGAAGCUCAAAUAAUAAAAAUGCCUAUAUGACGCACUUUGUAGAAGAUGUUUUACAAUUUGAAAAGGAAAUAAAUGGUGAUAUUAAUAUUUUUAAAAAUUUUGAAGAAAAUGAAGGUGAACAUGCAACACCUUCUAUAGAACCUUUAAAUGACCAUUGUGAUUCAUCUAAACAAAUUAAAAAAAAGGACACUAUUAAAAAGUCUCAAGAAAUGUUAAAUAAACCUGGUACCUCAGCAGUUCCAAAAAAGUCUGUUAUGCAAUUUCCUGUUCCUGUUCCAUAUUCACAGCUUAGUAGUAUUAGGUUUCCCAAAGUAAAGAGAGUUAUUAAAAGAAAGCCAAAAGCAAGUUCAAAGAAGAAAUCUGGUCCAAUAUAUCAAGUUCGUAAAUUACCUGCUUCACCACCAAGUUGUUAUGGUCAAUAUUUUACUUGUCAUUUAAAAAAGGAAUGCAAAUUUACAACAAAUCGGUAUGUGGUACUUAAACGUCAUCUAGCUUUGUGUAAGACAACUGUGGAAGAUGAAACUAAAAAUGAAUUUAAUACACAAACAUCAAUUAAAAGAAAAAGUACAACAAACCAAAAAGACCCUAAAAAAUUAAAAGUGUCUGAUGAACUUUUGGAAAACUGCGAUGGUAGAAAAUAUCGAGACUAUAAUUCUUCAAAUGACCCAGAACCAGGUUCCACAGUCUUUACUGAAAAUAAGAAGGAGAAUGAAAUUCAAAAAAGUGAUGAGAAUGCUACUGAAAAUAUGAACGCUUUUGAAAAUUCAGGAACAAUUGAAAACAUAGAUAUUCAAAAGGAACAUUUCAAUCAUGAUGCAUCAAACAAAAAUGACACUAAAAAAUUAAAAAUUCAAGAUAAACUUUUGGAAGACAGUGAUUAUGAAGAACAUGAAGACAAUAAUUCUUCAAAUAAUGACACAGAACCAGGGUCCACCAUAUAUCUUGAAAAUAAUGAGGAAAAUUUGAAUAUAGUUUGUGAUGAAAAUGCUACUGAAAAUAUGGAUAAUUUUGAAAACACAGAAACUUUUCAAGAAGACUGUGGUCCUGGAUUGUCUAAAGUAAAUUCAAUGAAAUCCGGUCCUUCAACAGUUCCAAUAAACCCUGUUCGAAAAUUGGCUGUACUUGAGAAACCAAAAAGUUGUUUUGGUGAUUAUUUUACUUGUCAAUUAAAAGCGGAAUGCAAUUUUAGAACAAAACGGUAUGAGAUUCUUAAACGUCAUAUGGCUGUUUGUAAGACAGCUGUGGGAUAUGAAACUCAAAAUGAAUAUAAUACACAAACAUCAAACAAAAAAAAGAAUUCAACAAAUCAAAGCCCCACUAAACAAGUAAUAAUGUUUGAUGAACUUUUGGAAGAAUGGAAUGAUGACAAUUGUAAAAAAAAUCGUCAUAAUUUUCACAAAAAACAAGGUUCAACCAUAUUUACUGAAAACAAAAAGAAGAAAUUGAUAGUUAUUGAUUUGGAUGAUGAAAUUAAAAAAAAUGAUGAGAAUGCUAUUAAAAAUUUGGACAUUUUGGAAAAUUCAGAAACUAUUGAAAAUGUUGAUAUUCAAAGAGAAGAUUUUAAUCAUGGUAAUAGUUCUGGUGAUCCAAAUAUUAUUGAAAAAUUGAUGGAAGAACUUGUAAGUAUAGUUGAACAAGAUUUAAAUUCCGAUUGGGGAAUUGCUGAUUCUGAAACCAAUGAUAAUUAA